GAGGAAGGAUGGGAGGCUGAGUGCACAGGACUGAGAGGUGAAGACAGGUGUGGCUUUAAGAUGAAUCGACUUGUGGUUAUCGUUGCGACACUCUUUGUCCCCACUACUUACGGUGCUGCAGGCGGUUUGUGGUGUUACCAUGAUCCUAGUUGUGAUGACACCACCUGGUCCACCAUUGCCACUGAACAUUGCAAUGGAUCCCGUCAGCCUGGGAGAUCUCCCAUCAACAUCGUCUCUGCAUCAGCAGUGGGCGAUGAAACCCUGACUGCCUUCAUCUUCACCAAAUACGGAGACAAUUAUACAAUGAAGAAUAUCAAGAACACUGGCAAAACUGUCAAAAAAGUGGAACUGACAAGUGGUGUUCAGGUUACAGGUGGGGCCCUGUCUGAGGCCUAUGACAGCCUGCAGUUUCACCUCCACUGGGGGAAUGGUACCUCAGUACCUGGGUCAGAGCACACAGUGGAUGGAACCCGCUACCCCAUGGAGUUGCACAUAGUAAAUGCCAAGUCUUCGCACAACGGUAACACGACCACGGCCGUUGCAGACAGCACAGGACUCGCUGCUCUUGGCUUCUUCAUAGAGGCCAUGCCGGGUAAUGCAACUGGUUCACCAGCAGCCUGGAAUACUCUGACAUCCUACUUGGCCAACAUCACACUAAAAGAUGAUAUUGUAAACAUUACUCAUGCUAUUUCAUUGGAUGAGCUCCUGGAAGGGGUGGACCGUACCAAAUACUACCGUUACCUUGGCUCCCUGACCACUCCAAAUUGCAAUGAGGCUGUGGUUUGGACCGUGUUCAAGGACCCUAUCAAAGUCAGCCAGGAUUUGAUUGAUCUCUUCAGUACAACAUUGCACAUUGACCACAACUCCACCUCUGCCUUGAUGACCAACGUCUUCAGGAGCAUCCAGCCGUUCAAUGACUGGGUGGUGACGACCCAGGGCCGCGCAGCUUCGGGAGCCUCCACAAUGUGCUCCUCUCUGGGCCUCAUGGCCCUGGCCUGGAUGCUUCUGAGGUUUUAGUGACGCCGAAUAUCUCCUUACCUGAAGUGCAUUGCCAUAUCUCCAUGAACCCUCAAUCUACCAACAUAUUUUCCUUAUAUCGAUUGCCAACAAGGGUCAUCUUGACCCCAAGAAGAAACUAUUGGAAAAAGCAACAAUCAUAGCGAAAUGUGUUUAAUCCUUGGUUGGUAAAUAUAGUCCCAGGUUACAGAGUACAGCCAAACUUCCAGUGUCAGGCUCAAUUUCUCAAAUAUUCUGACAUUUCUCCUGGAAUGAGAGAAUGAGAAUGAGACAGAUGGAUUGAGAUUAGGAUUGAGAUAAGGGAGAGAAAGAAAGGCGGUAAUGAUGGUAUCAAUGCAAUUUAAACUUGUGACGUCACCUAUCUUGACAUUUGCCACCACCUGGCCUCUCUGAUGUUGGCUUGUCAGUGUCUAAAUUGUGCAGAUACUCAUAUUCCAAGGCAUUUAUUAUCAGGUUUAUCUGCUUUCUGGGAGACUGUGGGUGUGUUUCAUGUGAUAAGUGCACACGUCAUUUCAUUGAAGCACUGCCAAGAUAUCUGAAAGCAAGCUGCAUUAGCAUCACUCUAAGGCUGUGCAGUCAAACUGUACUGUAUGUUACACUUGUUCACAUACCGUAAACUGCUUUGUGUAAAUGACAAAUGUCACAGAUUGGAAGCCCAAAUAAGUGUGUGUGGGGGGUUCAGGGUUCAAAGUUGUGUAAUACUGUAAAAGAACGUCCGAUUGACGUCCAAUUACCGUUGACCUGAACAGGGCCCAGGACCAGUGGAAGCAAAAUAGCCCCAUGACAUCAAAGAUCCAACACCCAAUUUGAAAGUAAGUAUGGGGUUGUUUUCUGCAUAUGCAUCUUUCUUCAACACAAAACCUACCACCGUUAUGAGUGGCCAAAGAGCUUAGGUGGGUUUUGCCUCGAAAGAAAUAUGCAUAUGCCGAAAAGAGCACCCAUACCUACUGUACAAUAUGCUGGUGGAUCUUUGAUGUUACUGAGCCAUUUGCUUUUACUGGUCCUGGGACCUUUGUUAAGGUCAAGGCAUCAUUAACUUUACCCAGAACCACAUCCUGGUUUCAUAGACUAGAUGUAACAUAGUAAAAGUAAAUCCAGGACACUCAAAAUAGUAUGAUGUGUUACGUUUGGUAUGGUUACAUAAGACAAAUGUUUAGUUAAGGCAAAAACGAAGUGUAGUGGUUGGUCGGGAUGGAUGGGUAGGCAUAUAGCGUCAGUAUUCAGACACCUUCCCUUUUGUUACGUUACAGCCUUUUUCUGAAAUGGUUUAAAUAAAACAUUUUCCUCAUCAAUUUACACACAA